UUCAAGCCAAACUCCUUACAAGUAACACAUCACAUGCGCAUACUUCGGUCUUAUACCGCCGUCGCCUCCCAUCCGCACCCACCGUAACCCUCGAAUCGACAGGGAUCAGGGAUUCGUCUCCGAGAAUAUACAUACAUACCAAUCAUUACGAGCAUCAGCACCAAGCACAGCAACAUAAGCAGCAUUUCAUUCCUCACCUCUGUCUUUCUCCUUCAAUUUCAAACAUAGACAGACCGAAUUCAGAAUGCUAGAACUAUCCUACUCCGAAAGCCCCUCCUCCUUCGCGGAGCUCAUGUCCCUCCGCCGCCUGCCCGUGGAUGAGAGCCAAAUACCCUCCCCGGACAGCGCGGAACAUAUCGAACGCUUCCAAUCCCUGGCACCACCCUACCCACCGGGCGAAGCAGGUCGCGCAUUCGGCGGCCACGUCUACGCCCAAUCGGCCUACGCCGCCUCGCAGACCGUCGACAAAGGCUUCCUCAUCCAUAACGUAACCGGCACCUUCAUCCUCCCGGGCCGAUUAGACAUCCCCUACGAAUACACGGUGCGCCACCUCCGCGACGGCAAAAGCUACUGCACGCGCGCCGUCGACGCCCGCCAGGCCAACCAGAUCUGCUUCUCGGGCUUGGUCUCGUUCAAACGCGCCGAACCGCCCGCCGCCGCGCCGUUCGCGCACCAGCCCGUCAGCCCGCAGAAGCGCUACGCCGCACUUCUCACCGGGAAGAAACCCCAGGACUUUCCGGUCCAGCCCGGCGUUGACGCGGACUUCUACGUCGAGUACUGGCGCGAGCAGUGGGAGAAGCACGGCAUCCCGGAACGGGAGUUCCCCGGUCUGGAGGCGCGGAAUGUGGAUAUGCAGACCUUUAACCGGGGAGAGGAGGUGAGACGGCAGCCGGAUCGGUAUCGGCAGUUGACGUUCUAUAAGCUGAAGGGGUCGCCGGGGGAUCAGCCUGGGGCGGUGGAAGAGCUGAGGCGCAGGGAGAGGGAAGGCGAGUUUGAUAAUCUGUAUGCGUGUGCGCAUAUGUAUGCGGCGGAUAAGAAUUCAUUGCUGCUGAUCCCGCGCGCGCUGGGGAUGAAGGUGUGGGAUGCGCUGGCGAGUCUGACGCUGACGGUUGUGUUUCAUGAGCUGGGGGAGGCGGUGCGGAUGGUUGAUUGGGAUGCUGGGGCAGAGGCAGGGGCUAAGGAGCAGGGUGGGUUGCCCAAGAAGUGGUUUAUUCAGGAGGGCUGGACGCCUAGGUCCGGGGAUAGUCGCGCGAUCCAUGAGAGCUGGUUGUGGUCGCCAGAGGGGAGAUUGGUGGCGACGAGCUAUCAGGAUGGUAUGUUGAAGGUGGCCCGGGCUGAUAGGGAGAAGUUGUGA